GGCGCGGCUAGCAUUUAGGAGCUAUUAAGGUACCUUUUUUUCGGAGAAAUAUGAGCAAUAUGGAGCACAACAAUCUGCCCGAUUGGAAUACAAACGAAACCUACCGACCGGUACCCCAAAUGGAACUGGCAGAGGAUACCAAGAACCCACAAGAUGCUGAAAAGAAAUUACCUCACAGAAUACGAAAUGGAUCAAGUAAUAUGUUCAGUCAAAGCAUUUUUGACCUUACCUUGAUCACGAUCAAUAUUUGUCAAAUUUGUUACAUUCUGAAAGUGGGUCCUGAACUGGGAAUACUGUAUUACAUAAUGCUCGGACUGUUGGGCGUUUCUCUUUUUUUGCUGUGUAUCCAUGGAUUCAUGGGACUGUUCGGAAGACUUCGCUGUAGCUCGCCACUGUCCGACAGCUGUUUCAAUUGUCUGUACAAUACUUCGCUGUUCAUGGUUGUUCUGGUAUAUCUCGUAAAUUUGAUCUUCAACGUGCUUAGUUUGAAAGAAACCGAAGAAAAAUGUCAAAUUAUUGUGAACAAUAUCAGGAAUCGAUCUGUUACAUAAAUUUAAGAUACACAAAA